UGGACUCCCGAUUCAUUCAGUCUUCGCGUCCGCAGUCGCGUAGUCCACGUCGCCCUCAGCAACGUCCUGGUGCGUAAACGUAGUGUUCGGAUGUAACAGCGUCGUGUCCGCACAGCCGCGUGUGUUCUUUGUGUCCGAGUUAGUGUUGAGUUAGUGUUGAGUUUAUGAUGACGGAGACGACGAUCCCCGUGACCGUGGAGAACGGACACCGGAAGCCCGGCGACAGGGAUGGGCUCCUCGCCUGGGUCAAGUUCAACGUGGAUUACCUAAAAACUAUCCCUGGGAUCUUGAAGCUAGUCCAAGUGAUUUUAGGUGUUGUCGCAAUGGCCUUCGCAUCUCCCGCAAGAAUCACCGGGACGCAUUGGUUCCUGUUUAUAGUCGUCAUUAGUUUCAUCGCCACAGUCAUUUGGAUCUUCAUCUACAUCCUCUCCAUAAGGGAGGCGCUCACCUUCCCGAUCAAUUGGCUCGUUACAGAGCUUCUCAACACUGCCAUUUUGGCAGUUCUGUACUUGGUCGCUUCAGUUCUUCAGCUUUCUGUUUGGUCUCCGCCCUACCACCCGCAGUACCGGGAUCCCAACAUCACAGCUGGGAUUUUCGGGUUGUUCAACACGGUUGCAUACUGCGCCGGCGCCUACUUCCUGUUCGCAGAAUGGAAAGGUACGAGAGUAUCAGCACAGUAAAGGCGCGAACUCACAGGCGCGGAAACCAAAGAUUUCUUUCUCUACGUCACUUGUGUUUCUUUUGGAACACGCUCUACCAUGUUUUGUACUAUAAUUCGUCAAGCAAAUUUUUACUUUUUUAAUUCAUCCCUCUUUUAUACUUCUCAUGUAAUUUCUAGUGUGUUUCUCAUGUAAAUAAGUUAAGGUCAAUUGAAGAUUAUUUAUUAACUAUAUUUUAAAUGAUGUUAUCUUAUGAGAGAAAUUUACCUCUGCAUUUGUAUAUUCAAGCUUCAUCUAAAUGUCACAUUAUUGUAGCUGGACCAGACGACUUCCUUUCUUUGGAAGUUCCUAAACAUAAUGUAUUUUUUAAGCACUUUCAGCAUAAUGACUGCUGUGUUUUCACUUACAGUAAUAAAUUAGUAAUUAUAAGAAUAAAGAUUUUUAAAUUAUUCUGGAGUAAAA